UUUCCCUUCUCUCUCCGUCUCUCCUCUCUCAUGCUCGUGCACAUGCUGCUGGAGAGCAUAAGUUCCAAUGGGAGGCUGCCACUCAGAGAGACCUCGAUGACCUCCCUGAUUGCGUUGCAGGCGACGCCGUCCCAUGUGCAGCAGUCCGUGCUGCUCCUCCUAGAUGCAGCAAGGCCGCCAUCCUGAGAGAGCCUGGCCAAGAACAGACGCGAGUGGAGAGGAGCGCCGCGAGCUGCAAGACGAGCUUCCUCCCCGCGGCUGCCGCCGGCGACGAAGGCAUCAGGCGCACAGAGGAUGGCGAGGAACCGGUACGACAGGCGCCAUUCCAGCAGCUAGCGGCGCCCGUUUCGGCCUGGAGCCGCGGCGGCCGGUGGCGCUCCCGUUCCGACCUGGAGCCGCGGCUGCCGGCGACCUGUUCCGCGGCAGGGGCGAUUGGGGGCCGCAGAGCCUGCGAAAAUAUGCGCGGCGAGGCAUUGGAUAUUCGCGUCGCGAAAAUAUUGGGGAAGAUCAGAUCGGGGUUGUCUUUGCAUCUGGGAGGCGCCGCAAACCCAGGCCACGACCAUGGAGGCCCACGGCUCCCCUUCAGCGGGGCGUCCCUGUCCCGUCGACCUCGCGAAGACGAAGGUGGUCGUGGCAAUGAGCAAGGGAGAUCGACUAGAGAAGGAGUAUUUUAUUAAUCGCAUCGCAGAGAUGGAGGAGGAGGAGGAGGAGGAGGAGGAGGAGGAGGAGGAUCGCAUCGCAGAGAUGGAGAUGGGGGAGGAGGAAGAGGAGGAGGAGGAGGAGGAGGAGGAGGAGGAGGAGUCCGGUAAAACUACUAAGGAGAGGCCUCUUCCACACAUUGUCGAGUAUCAUGACUUCUUGGAGAAAUUAUGGGGAUGGGACAGGCUGCUUCAAUUAGGGUGUAACGUGACAAUGUCUGUCUAUACCACAUACCUUGAAGAGUAUCACCGUCAGAAUGUGCAUGCAGCGACUACGGACACGAGCCUAUCUAAUGCCGCUGUGGCUUGUCUCAUGAAGGAGGAGCAACUUGUAUCUGAUUUGAUGGCCAGGCCUGAAGAGAAGUUGAGCUUGCCGAUGCAGAGAUCAAUCAUUCUGAGUUGCCUUAUCCAGAAGCUUGUACGUUCAGUCAUCCACCCAGCAGGUUGCAAAUUAUCUGAUGUGUCUGGUGCGGCUUUGUUGAACCAUGGUUUCAAGUGUAUUGCUAAGGAGGCUGACCUGACGUGUGAGUUGCUGAGGCUUGAAGCACCCAUUGAUGAUUAUUUAAUCAACCAGUGCACAGCGAUACGCUUGUGUGCCUUGGGCCUUAUGAACUGCACUGGGGACAAUUCUGUUUCUGCAUCUGCUGUUAUGUUGGGUAUGGCAAAGGAAGCUGAAAUGAUGUGUUCGUGGAUGCAUAAAAAUAAGAAGCGUAUUGAUUUCGAUGAUUUUCCCAUACCUAGUAAGAUGUGGGACUGCAAUGAUAUCCGGCGCCAUACCCUGGAUUUUAUGGUCAACCGCAUACUAAAAAAUUCUUUAGCUGCCGAGCACAAGACUGUUAAGGAAGAACCUGCUGCUGAGCACAUUACUGUUAAGGAAGAACCUGCUAGAAGCAGUCCUGGUGGUGAUGGGGAUAAUAUUGCUGCUGAUGGAGCAGCAAACAGCACAGUGGGUUCUCACUAUAAGAAAGGUGGUGAGGAGAGUAACAAGUGGAAAGAUAGUAAGAAUGUCGGUUGUAAGAGUAAUAAGAGGAAGAGGAAAGAAGAAGACGAUUUGGGUAAAAUAUGGUGUUGGGAAAGGAUGCCACUACACAAUUUUGUUGAGUUGUCUGACUUGAGCUACUUUGAGAAGUAUUAUGAAAGCAGUGCUUUUCGGUUCGUUGCUGCUGCUGCUGCUGCUAAAAAUCUGCAAAAUGUUACUGACAUGGUUCUUGCUGUUGCCAAAUUUUGUCUCAAGAUGGAGGAGGAACUCCUGUCUGUGUUGAAUACUCAAGUGUUGCAUAGGUUUGGUGAACCCCUAGCACUCAAUGUUAUCAUGGAGAGUAGCCUGAUCAAGGAGCAUGCACUUUUAAUCUGUGGCUCAGGGGCUGAAUUGCAUCUUCCUUCUGCCAUUGCUUUCGUGUGUCUUGCGAAGGAGGCUGAACUGAUUUGUGAGCUGCUGAAGCAUGGUGCUAAGCCUUCUUCUCAAUUCAUCCAGCUGAGCAGCGUAAUCCGCAUAUGCGCCUUGGGCCUUCUCAAAGGACACCAAUCUUUUGCUUCUGCCGGUGCAAUGAUGGGUAUGGCAAAUGAGGCAAAAGAGUUGUGCGAUUGGAUUAAGAGAGAGAACAAGCUUGUUACCUUGAGCUUUUCCAAGCCGUGUGGACUAGAGGUUUCCUACUUGACCCGGAAUAAAAUCUUGGGUGUUAUGACCAGCAUAUUGCAAGGUUAUAUAGCACAGGAUGAUGCAAUGCCAUGACUAAACAAUGCCGGAUUGGAUCAAGGAUGGGAUCCACAUGGAUUUGAUGUCUAUUCUUUUACCAGCCUGGAACACUAGCUAUAUGGUCCUAGUCUGUUUUGUAAUACAUUUUUAUGCUUCGGAGAUCUGUGUUUGAUCUACUGGGUUAUGCCGUGUCAAUCAAAUAGUAAAACCAGUAUGUGGUACCGUUCGAUCUUGUUUAAUAAACUGCUGGGUUAAGCAUGUCAAUCCAAUA